GCAGGAGCUACCGACCGCAGGAGGAGGAGAAGGGGUUGUGCUCCUGGCCGAGCAAGGAGAAAGGGGCGGGGCUGGAGAGCAGCGCGCCGGGGUGCCGAGCUCCUGGGACCGGCGGGCGCGUGAGGGUCUGUGGCCCUUGCCGUCCCAGUGGCCGCCGCCGUCGCUUGGCUGCCGUCGGUCUGCGGGAGGCGGGUUAUGGCGGCGGCGGCAGUGGGAGCUGUGAAUGAAUUCUCCGGGUGGAAGAGGGAAGAAGAAAGGCUCCGGCGGCCCCAGCAGCCCGGUGCCUCCCAGGCCUCCGCCCCACUGCCUGGCCCCCUCCCGCCCCGCCCCCAGGCCGGCCCCUUCGCCCCAAUCGCCGCAUAAGCGGAACCUGUACUACUUCUCCUACCCGCUGUUCGUAGGCUUCGCGCUGCUGCGUUUGGUCGCCUUCCACCUGGGGCUCCUCUUCGUGUGGCUCUGCCAGCGCCUCUCCCGCGCCCUCAUGGCCGCCAAGAGGAGCUCCGGGGCCGCGCCGGCGCCGGCCUCGGCCUCGCCCCCGGCGCCAGUGCCAGGCGGGGAGGCCGAGCGCGUCCGAGCCUUCCACAAGCAGGCCUUCGAGUACAUCUCCGUUGCUCUGCGCAUCGAUGAGGACGAGAAAGUAGGACAAAAGGAGCAAGCUGUGGAAUGGUAUAAGAAAGGUAUUGAAGAACUAGAAAAAGGAAUAGCUGUCGUAGUUACAGGACAAGGUGAACAGUAUGAAAGAGCUAGACGCCUUCAAGCUAAAAUGAUGACUAAUUUGGUUAUGGCCAAGGACCGUUUACAACUAUUAGAGAAGCUGCAGCCAGUUUUGCAGUUUUCCAAGUCACAAACGGACGUCUAUAAUGACAGUACUAACUUGACAUGCCGCAAUGGACAUCUCCAGUCAGAAAGUGGGGCUGUUCCGAAAAGAAAAGAUCCCUUAACGCACACUAGUAAUUCACUGCCUCGUUCAAAAACAAUUAUGAAAACUGGAUCCACAGGUCUUUCAGGCCAUCACAGAGCACCUAGCUGCAGUGGUUUAUCCAUGGUUUCUGGAGUGAGACAGGGACCUGGUCCUGCAACUGCCACUCAUAAGAGUACACCAAAACCAAAUAGAACAAAUAAACCUUCUACCCCUACAACUGCUGCUCGUAAAAAGAAAGACUUGAAGAACUUCAGGAAUGUGGACAGCAACCUUGCUAACCUUAUAAUGAACGAAAUUGUGGACAAUGGAACAGCUGUUAAAUUUGAUGAUAUAGCUGGUCAAGAGUUGGCAAAACAAGCAUUGCAAGAAAUUGUUAUUCUUCCUUCUCUGAGGCCUGAGUUGUUCACAGGGCUUAGAGCUCCUGCCAGAGGACUGUUACUCUUUGGUCCACCUGGAAAUGGGAAAACAAUGCUGGCUAAAGCAGUAGCUGCAGAAUCUAAUGCAACCUUCUUUAAUAUAAGUGCUGCAAGUUUAACUUCAAAAUACGUGGGAGAAGGAGAGAAAUUGGUGAGAGCUCUUUUUGCUGUGGCUCGAGAACUUCAACCUUCUAUCAUUUUUAUAGAUGAAGUUGAUAGCCUUUUGUGUGAAAGAAGAGAAGGAGAACACGAUGCUAGUAGACGUCUAAAAACUGAAUUUCUAAUAGAAUUUGAUGGUGUACAAUCUGCUGGAGAUGACAGAGUGCUUGUAAUGGGUGCAACUAACAGGCCACAAGAGCUUGAUGAGGCUGUUCUCAGGCGUUUCACCAAACGGGUAUAUGUGUCUUUGCCAAAUGAGGAGACACGACUACUUUUAUUAAAAAAUCUAUUAUGUAAACAAGGAAGCCCAUUGACCCAAAAAGAACUAGCACAACUUGCUAGAAUGACCGAUGGAUACUCAGGAAGUGAUCUAACAGCUCUGGCAAAAGAUGCAGCACUGGGUCCUAUCCGAGAACUGAAACCAGAACAAGUGAAGAAUAUGUCUGCCAGUGAGAUGAGAAAUAUCCGAUUAUCUGACUUCACCGAAUCCUUAAAAAAGAUAAAACGCAGCGUGAGUCCUCAAACCUUAGAAGCAUACAUACGCUGGAACAAGGAUUUUGGAGAUACUACUGUUUAAGCCUGCAGAACGUUUUACUUUCCAAGAGAGAAACAUACCAUCUUCUAUGAAUAGUUAUCUGCUACAGAAACUCAGCCUAAGUUUACAGGAUUUUUCAGUCUUACAAUUAUUUGUGCACCCCAGAAGAUGAACCGUAAAAUAAAUUUAAAUAAAGUAUACAAUGCAAAUGGAA